AUGGUAAACCCGCCCGGGAAACACUGCUUUUGGGUGAAUCACCUGGUACUCCUGGCCCAGGUGUUUGAAGGCAACGACAUGAAGAUUGCAAGAGGCGACAAAUGCUUGCGUUCUCUCGACGGAGAGAUACCGAGCGAAGCCCCGGCCGCUGGAACCGACAUCGAACAGCAACACCAUCGCCGACCACGGCGGGAAAAAGCUCAGACAUUUCCGCUGGUGGAUGCGGAGGUGGCUGUGGAUGUGUCUGUGGAUGCGGAGCGGCGCUCCCACGUGAACGCUUCGCGCCUGCCGUCGCACGCACCUCGACGCACGCCUCGCCGGCUGGACGCUAUUGCGUACGUGCGUGUGUGUAUCUGGCUUCCGUACCCGGUCCAGAGAGCAGAAGACGCGACCGAGAGACGAAACUCAUUUGAACCUCGAGAGAAAGGGGCCGGCGGUUACGCGCAAAUCGCCGAAACGCUAUCCCGGGGGGCAGAAAAAAAAAAGUACCCGAGCGGAGUGGUAAAACGAUCAUUUCACUGUCUCGACGCCGACAAUUCAAGCACGGAGCGUGCAGCGGAGUCACAAAGGCUAAGCGCCGGAGGUAGCCACGCCGACGUCGCCGAAGCCAUCGCCUUUGCGGUGACCUUGAGCGCCGGCGUCUCGGCGCCUCCCCCCUCCCCCCGUCUGCAUCUGCCGCCAGCACCAGCACCGCCCCCGGGCAGCGGGACCGCCGCCGCCGCUGCAGGCCGGUUCGCGGGCGGCCCAGAUCCUUCUGAAUCCGUGUCAGGGUAUGGCCCGCUGUGCUGCCGCCCCGCCGCCUCCGCCGCCCCAGCUUCACCCGUCGCAACCGCCUCCACCGCCGCCGCCGCCGCCACCCGCUUUCUCCCGGCCGCCCCAGCACCUCGCCCCCGCAGCUGUGGCCUUUGCUCCCAGCGCGCGGCCGCGUGGCGGUACCACGGCGCCCGACCUAUGCCUCGCCAGGUAACGCUUCCCACCUCCCACGCAACUGCAGCGUGUUCGCCGGUUGAGUCAGAAGAGCGUGGUGUGGUCGUUGUCGGCAGCGCCACCCACUCGCCAGUAAAGGAAGGAUCAGUCUUCCGUGGUAGUGUGUAUGUGAGUGCUCCAGCGGCGGUUCUGGUUUCACCGCGUACCCUCGAUUCGCAUGCAGGGGAUCGUCCUGUCUUCGAGAAGCCCAAGCGCGGCGAGGAAGAGAAAGCAGAGUCAAACCAUCGGAAGACGCUCCUAAACCGCGCGGGUUCGGCGGACGUAUUCGAUAACGCGCGACCUACGAGGGAUCGAUUCUGCCGCGCCGCGGGAAGCUCCCGGCUCUCCAGUGACGUCACAGACGCGUGUGAUUCCGCGUGCAUCCGAAAGCGCGCACCAACCUCGUGGGCUGUACGUGUGUGCGGGCCACCGGUAUUGACGUCACUCGAAGCAAGGGCGACAGGUUGUUUGUUGGCGGCCGGUGGAGGAACAGGCAGAGCACCUCGGAUUUCACCCGUGCGUGACAGAUCCUAUUUGCGAAAGAAAACGACACGCGCGGUGGAAGAAGCUGCCUCGGUAACUAACGACCUGUUACGACGUUUCGAUGUGACGUAUCGAGAAAGAGCGCCGCCGCUUCGGAAUAAGAAACUCGGGAUGCGACUCGACGCCUCGAGAGGGCGCCCCCCGCAAAAUGCAUUCUGCGCCCGCGUUGGCCGCCGCCGUGUGUCGUGUGUGGGCCCGCCCUGCUACGGCGUGAAUCUCCACCGCACGCCGGCACUUCAAGCGGGUGAUGGUAGCUGCUCCGCGCCACGUGCUGGCAGCGGGGGGCGGUGGCUGGCGCCGGGCCUGAGAGCGCCUCAGGGGACGGGGAAGUGCUGGGAGCACCCGAGGGCGUGGGGUGGCUGUGCGCCGCCCCGCCGUCCCCGCCCCCGACACCCCGGCCCCCGCCGGCUCCCCGCGCGCGGACGGACGACGCCGCUCCCCACACCAGCACCUCGCCUCAGGAGCUGCGCUACUCGACAAGAAGAAGCACAACACCACCCCGCCCACGACCAUCGCCAAGGAGAGAACGGCCACGCGAGGAGCCAAGCCCGAAAAAAUAAUCGAGUACGACCUGUACACCAAGCCCAACAUCAAGGCGAAGAAACGCUGGCCCAAGGCGGCGGCGGCUACGACGGCGGAUGGGAGCGCGCGUCAACGGAAACCACCCGUCCGGAGGAACACGUGAACGGGAACGGUUGUCCCACCAUCACCACGCCCCACCCCACCCCAGCCACCGCGCCAGACAAACGGCUACUCCCAGGAGGACGCUCCGCGGCCGGUACGCCGCCAGCGGACUACACGCUAGCGUACGCGGGCCGGUACUCGAAAUCGCCGCAUGCACCGGCAUCGCCGCACGCGGAGCACAACGGGCGAGAGGAGGAGGAAGAAGACGGAGGAGACGAUGGGGAAGAAGCCGCAGCGGGAGCGGAGCAGAAGAGGAGUACGGUCGCCGCGUCGCGCGCGGCCGCUGUGCAUCGCCGCGCCGCUCCGAGCCCGCGCGAGCCGGAGCCCGACCUGCUGCUGCCGCCGGCGGACAGCGAGUACAAAAAUACUCGUUGCCGUACGCGCACCUGCUGCCAGCCGGCGAGGCGCUUCGACGCGCCGGCCGCCGCCCCCGACGGUUUACAUCCCGCGCGCCCAAGCCUCAUCGUGCCCGUGCCCACACGUACGGCAUCCGCAAGCGGCGCUAACGGGCAACCCGCUGCAAGCUGCCGCCGCCGCGGCCACGCCCGCCGCCCACGCCCGCCGCGCCCGCAAGACGCCCAGCCGCCGCCCGCCCGGCGCCGGCCUGCCACGCCGCCCGCCUCCACGCCGCGCCGCCCCCCGCCCGCGACGCCAAGCCCCUCGACGUCGCUUCUCGCCACGAACGUUUCUGACAGAAGAGCUUCACGGGGAAGUGAGGGCGGCGGGGGAGGGAUGGGCUGCGGCGAGGCGGAAGCGGCGGUAGACUCUGAGUGUGUGGUAUGGCGGCUGAGGACAGGAGUGAGGGCGCGGAGAGGUUGUAUUUGGAGUGAGAUGCUGAAACAAUGCGUGUUGUAUGGGACCGAGACGGACCUGAAAAGCAGUGGUUGGGAGGGGCCAGACAGGAGAAGAAAGGGCAGGCGCAGGGCAGAAGGCAGAGCUGGGAUGCGAUGGGUGAAGCGAGGCGGGACGGGGGUAGAUGCUGAAAGAGUGGUAAGCUGGACAGGACAGGGCAGGGCAGGAGCUGGGAUGCGAUGGAUGCUGAAAAAUAGAGCCGGGGCGAGGCAGAGCAGAGCUGUGCAUGCUGAAAGAGCUCGUGGGGGGCGUGGCGGGGCCGAUGGGAAUCGCCGGAAAAAGGAAGCGGGAAGAAAGGCGGCGAUUGGGGCGCUGCGGGGAGCGGCGUUGGCCGCUGGCCCAAGCGCCCGCGGGGACAUAUGCGACGGUCGGAGGCCGCUCCCCCGCGGCCACCGUUUCCUCCCGCGACCCCGAAACGCGUGUCGCAAGGCGGAGGUAAAUACGCAAUUGGUGUCUGAGCGGAAAACGAAGUUCUGCAUCCGAACGAGGUUCCAAGAAAACGAAAGCUGGCCAGAAUGGCGGCUCUGA